AUGUCGCAACAUGGAAAUCCCUCGGACAACAUCGACAUCGAAAAGAUGGACAGACCAAGCUCCUUGGAGAUCUCGAUAGAUCCUCGUGUCCAACAAAGCGAAAUGUCACGGCUCUCAGUAUCCGGUGGUGGAAACCUGUCACUCGCUGAUGUCCAGGCUGUUCAUGUUCACAUUCAUGACUUGGCCGUCUCAGUCGAUACAGCCCCAUCAUGGCUUGCACCUUCGACAUAUGGCGACCUGGUCUCGUCAAAAUUCAACACUGCAUCGAAAAUGAAACCGCUUCUUCACUCUGUAAGCGCUAAUCUUCCUCCAGGAACUUUGACAGCUAUCAUUGGAGGAAGCGGAUCUGGUAAGACCACACUGCUCAACACCGUGGCCGAGAGAGUACUCAGUUCCAGAUUGAGUCAACAAGGCAUUGCUACGUUCAAUGGCAGAGUUGGAGUACAUAGUGUUCGCCAUGCAUACGUUAUGCAGCAGGACAUCCUACUUCCAACCCUGACCGUUAGAGAGACCCUUCGAUACUCGGCCGACUUGCGAUUACCACCGUCAACCACUUCCGAAGAACGGCAACGGGUUGUAGAAGAGGUCAUUCUCGAGCUCGGUCUCAAGGAGUGUGCCGAUACGAGAAUUGGAAACUCUCAACACCAUGGAUGUUCAGGUGGAGAGAAGAGACGUACUAGUAUUGGCGUUCAACUGCUAGCCAACCCUUCUGUCCUCUUCCUCGACGAGCCUACCACCGGUCUUGAUGCGACGAGUGCCUACCAGCUUGUUCGAACACUCAAGACACUUGCACAAAAGGGGCGCACCAUCAUUACGACAAUCCAUCAGCCUCGAUCUGAAAUCUGGGAUCUCUUCGACAACUUGAUCGUUCUGACCAAAGGUAGCCCUGUCUACUCCGGUACAAUCAAGGAAUCCGUUCCAUGGUUCGGAGAACUUGGAUAUCAACUCCCUCCUUUCAUCAAUCCCGCCGAGUUCAUCAUAGAUAUCGCAGCUGUCGACAAUCGUACACCCGAGUUGGAACAGGAAACAACAGCCAAGGUUGAGCGUUUGAAGAGCGCUUGGAAUCAGGAGACUUUGAAGCGAUAUCCCCCCCCUGACAAGACUGUCGACAUCAGAGAUGGAAAAAAGAAAAAGGACAAGAAGACGGAAGAGCAUGCGGGUUUUCUACGGCAGGUUACUGUCCUCACCGAUCGUACACUCAAAGUCACAUAUCGCGAUCCUCUUGGUAUGGCAGCUUCCAUCACAGAAGCUGUUUUUAUGGGUCUCGUAACGGGCUACAUGUUCUACAAUCUCGGUCGCGACCAAGCUGGUAUCCGAUCCCGACAGGGAGGCCUCUACACAGCAGCUGGUCUUCAAGGCUACCUCAUCCUCAUCUUUGAGGUCUACCGCAUGACAUUCGACAUCCCAACCUUUGAUCGUGAAAACUCGGAAGGAUGCGUCGACGCCCUCCCCUUUGUUCUUUCACGCCGAAUCGCCCGCAUGAUCACCGAAGAUGUCGCGGCACCUUUCCUCUUCUCUGUCCUCUUUUUCUUCAUGGCUGGUUUCGAGCGAGAUGUGGCACGAUUCUUCACAUUCUUCGCCAUCACACUUCUCAACCAGUACAUCGCUGUUACUUGUGCCAUGGUUUGUGUGGCAACAGUCAGACAUUUUGCUGGCGCAAGUGUGAUUGCGAAUCUGGUCUUUACACUGCAAAGUAUGGCCUGUGGCAUGUUUAUUAAUGUAAACAGUCUUCCUGUUUACGUUCGUUGGUUGAAGUGGCUUACUUACACGUUCUAUGUUUUUAGCGCAUACUGCGGUAACGAAUUCGAAGGGAGUUUUUACGACUGUCCCGCCUCGAACGAUAGAUCUGAUCCGAGAUGCAAGCAGUAUACGGGAGCGUAUAUUAUGGAAUCUCUCGGCUUUCCAAAAGAUUGGGUUGCCAAGCCCAUUCUCGUAUGCCUGGCCUUUGUCGUAUUCUUUUUCGUGCUAUCGGUUAUCGGACUACGCAUCAUCAAGGUCGAGAUGACCAUUGCUCGAGCUCGUGUUUCAGAUACUGAUCUCUCGGCCGGUAAGGAGAAGAUGACAGCGCGCUCUGUUGCUGAUGUGCGCACUAUCGACUUGGAACUGAACGAGUUCUCGUUGGCUUUGGAUAAAAGAACGCAGUUGGGAAAGAAGCUGCCUACAAAGACUAUCUUGAAUCCCGUCAAUGCGACGUUCAGUGCUGGAGUAUUGAAUGUCAUCAUGGGACCUUCGGGAAGUGGAAAAACAUCGCUGCUCAACGCCAUGGCCCUGCGACUGCGCGAUUCUGUCGGGACAAAGUAUCGGCCAGCUGGAAAACUCACCUUUAACGGGGCUCUUCCCUCGGAUUCCGUCAUUCGAUCGGUCUGCUCGUAUGUCUGCCAAGAUGACGACGCAUUGUUGCCGUCCCUUACUGUUCGUGAGACUCUUCGCUUUGCCGCUGGACUUCGUCUCCCAUCAUUCAUGAGCAAAGAUGAGAAGAACCGUCGAGCAGAAGAAGUUCUACUCAAGAUGGGUCUAAAGGACUGUGCCGAUAACCUCGUCGGUGGUGAACUUGUCAAGGGUAUUUCUGGAGGAGAAAAGCGUCGUGUGUCUAUCGCAAUCCAGGUCUUGACAGAUCCGCGCAUUCUUCUCCUCGAUGAACCGACAUCAGGACUCGAUGCAUUCACCGCAAACUCCAUCAUGGAAGUCCUUCAAGGUCUUGCCAACGAGGGCCGAACACUCAUUCUCACAAUCCACCAAGCUCGGUCCGAUCUGUUUAGGGAAUUUGGAAACGUCUUGCUCUUGGCACGUGGUGGCUCACAGGUUUACUCUGGUCCUGGACGUGAUAUGCUUGGAUAUUUGGCGCGUCAUGGGUAUGAGUGUCCUCACCACACCAAUCCCGCAGAUUUUGCCUUGGAUAUCAUCACGAUUGAUCUACAGCAUGAAGGGAAAGAAUUGGAGUCUCGCAAACGAGUUCAGAAUAUGAUUGAUAAUUGGAAAGCGGAGAGUGCAUCGAUAAAGGGCGAGAAACUCUCUGAUAUCCAGGAGAAGGAUGAAGUUCAGAAUACGGAUUCUGCAGACCAGAUAAACACUACUCAAGAGGGGACAACUCUUCCACCCGCACCACCGCAAAAGCGCCGAUCCUUUAACAAAGCCAAUCUUUCGACGCCUGCCGAACUAGGAGCCCUCAUCCGUAAACGGGCCUCUAUCACUACCGCACUUCCUCUCCUCCUCCAUCGCGCUCUUAUCAACACCUACCGUCAACCUGAGCUCAUUGUCGCUCGCUUGAUGCAAGUCAUCGGUCUUGCUCUUAUCCUGGCUCUCUUCUUUGCCCCCUUUGACAACGACUAUUACUCGGUACAAAGUCGCAUGGGUUUCGUCCAGGAACUCGGCGCGUUUUACUUUGUCGGCAUGUUACAGAACACAGCCAUCUAUCCUGGCGAGCGCGAUGUAUUCUAUAGAGAGGACGAUGACGGUGUCUACAGUGUCAAUGCUUUUCUUGCUUCCUACACCAUCCUCGAGGUCCCCUUUGAGUUGAUAAGUUGCCUGAUCUUCGGUGUGCUGGCCGUCAUCGCAGUUGAUCUCCCCCGCACAGCAACGCUCUACUUCACCUCCGUCUUUGCCUGUUUCGGCAUCGUAUCCUGCGGUGAGAGUCUCGGUAUCAUGUUCAAUACACUCUUCGGCCACACAGGCUUCGCCGUCAACAUCAUGGGCGUGUUCCUCGCUCUUGCUAAUACCAUGGCUGGGGUACUCUCCAUCGGCAUGCCCGAUCUGUUCAAGGCCUUCAACUACCUCUCACCCAUCCGGUACGGCACGCGCGCUGUCGCACCGUAUUCGUUGCGCGGCAUCGAGUUUACAUGCAACAACGAGCAGAGGCUUGAGAACGGGAAGUGCCCUAUUGAGACGGGUCAGGAUGUCCUGGAGCUGUAUAGCUUUGACGUCGAUCCCGUUGUCAACAUUGCGUGUUUGGCGGCUUGUGUGGUGGUGUACAGGCUUUUGGCCUGGGGUUUGUUGAAGAUUGCGAGAACCCAUUGGAAGGGGAAGAAGAAGGAUAAAGAGAGGGUAAACAAGGCAUAG